AUGGCGCUGCUGUCCACCACUUCCCCCGCCAAGGCGCACUUCUCGGCGCUCUUCCCCAGCCACGACGAGCCGCAGCACGGGCACGCGCUCCCGGCCCCGCACCCGCAGUGCUCGGGCGCCGGGAGGCGGCGGCGGGCGCGCGGCAGGCUGUCGGUGUCGGCGGCAAUGCGGCCUCCGGACGCCGCGUUUGCCGCGCAGGCGCCCGCGCCGGCGGGGGGCAAGAAGAAGGGGGAGAAGCCCCGGGUGCUGGUGGCCGGCGGCGGCAUCGGCGGGCUGGUGCUCGCGCUGGCGGCGCGGCGCAAGGGGUACGAGGUGACGGUGUUCGAGCGCGACAUGAGCGCGGUGCGCGGGGAGGGCCAGUACCGCGGGCCCAUCCAGAUCCAGAGCAACGCGCUCGCCGCGCUGGAGGCCAUCGACAUGUCCGUCGCCGAGGAGGUCAUGCGCGCCGGCUGCGUCACCGGCGACCGCAUCAACGGCCUCGUCGACGGCAUCUCCGGCUCCUGGUACUGCAAGUUUGAUACAUUUACCCCUGCAGCUGAGCGGGGGCUCCCAGUCACGAGGGUCAUUAGCCGCAUGACGCUGCAACAGAUCCUUGCUCGUGCAGUUGGCGAUGAUUCUAUAUUGAAUGAUAGCCAUGUAGUCGAUUUUAUAGAUGAUGGCAGUAAGGUUACUGCCAUAUUGGAGGAUGGUCGGAGAUUUGAAGGUGAUCUUUUGGUCGGUGCUGACGGAAUAUGGUCAAAGGUGAGGAAGACACUAUUUGGGCAUUCUGAAGCCACUUAUUCAGGUUACACAUGCUACACUGGAAUUGCAGACUUUGUGCCUCCUGAUAUUGACACAGUUGGGUACCGGGUAUUUCUUGGUCACAAACAAUACUUCGUCUCUUCAGAUGUUGGUGCUGGUAAAAUGCAAUGGUAUGCUUUUCAUAAAGAAGAGGCUGGUGGCACUGACCCUGAAAAUGGUAAAAAGAAACGAUUGCUCGAGAUAUUCAGUGGUUGGUGCGACAAUGUCAUAGAUCUGAUUAAUGCAACUGAAGAGGAAGCAAUUCUUCGCCGUGACAUUUAUGACCGCCCACCUACUAUGAAUUGGGGAAAAGGUCGUGUGACUUUACUUGGUGAUUCUGUCCAUGCUAUGCAGCCAAAUCUGGGUCAAGGUGGCUGCAUGGCUAUUGAGGAUGGUUACCAGCUGGCUGUGGAGCUUGAGAAAGCCUGGCAGGAGAGUGUCAAGUCCGGAACUCCUAUGGACAUAGUUUCCUCCUUGAAGCGUUAUGAGAACGAGAGAAGGCUGCGUGUUGCUGUUAUACAUGGAUUGGCAAGAAUGGCAGCAAUCAUGGCAACCACUUAUAGACCAUAUCUGGGUGUUGGUCUUGGACCUUUGUCGUUUUUGACCAAGCUGCGGAUACCACAUCCGGGAAGAGUUGGUGGAAGAUUCUUCAUCAAGAUUGGAAUGCCUGCGAUGCUGAGCUGGGUGCUUGGUGGCAACAGUUCAAAGCUAGAAGGAAGAGCUCUAAGCUGCCGGCUUUCGGACAAGGCCAACGACCAGCUUUAUCGAUGGUUUGAGGAUGACGACGCAUUGGAAAAAGCUAUGGGUGGAGAAUGGCACCUCUUCCCCACAAGUGAAGGAAACAGCAAUAGUUUGCAGCCUGUUCGUUUAAUCAGGGAUGAACAGAGGACAAUCUCUGUUGGAAGCCGGUCAGAUCCCAGUGACUCUGCAUCUUCCUUGGCAUUGCCCAUGUCGCAGAUAUCAGAAAUGCAUGCUACCAUUACAUGCAAGAACAAGGCUUUCUAUCUGACUGAUCUCGGAAGUGAACACGGCACAUGGAUUACUGACAAUGAAGGAAGGCGUUACCGUGUCCCACCAAACUUCCCGGUUCGUUUCCACCCCUCUGAUAUCAUUGAGUUUGGUUCCGAUAAGAAGGCCAUGUUCCGGGUGAAGGUGCUGAACACGGUCCCAUAUGAGUCCGCAAGAAGAGGGAAGCAGCAGCAGCAGCAAGUCCUUCAGGCAGCAUGAAUGGAGACAUGAGCGACCACUUUUAUCAUCAGCCACACUGUACUGUACAGCAUUCAGUAAACGCAACACUGCAUCAGGGGAAGGAUAUAGAAGAUACGUCAAAAAUACAGGAGUGAUUCUUGCAUCCAUCCAGAUGCCAAAUAGGAUUUUGAGUACUAGCACCUAACGGAUUGAGCUUGCAGUUCUACGAGAAGAACUGAGUUGUACAAUAGGGAUAGGCAAUUUAGCUGUUGCCGGAUGUGUACAUUGUUGUACCAUCAAAGAAAAUACUGUACACCAAGAAGGCAUAUUGUAAUGACCGCACGAACACAGUUACACUGAUAAUGUAAUGUAUACGGAUUCUAUA